GGUGAAAGGAGGAGUCUCCCAGCUCUGUAUUUAAACAGGUCAGGUAUUCAACUAACACCUGUUAGCUACAGCAGAGUCCUGCUUCCCUCUACAACAGGAAAGCCUGGUCCAUCCUGCUCACAGUCCGCUAAGUCUACUGUCCAACAGCUGCUGCUGCUGAUGAUGAUGAUGAUGCCUGCUCUGUCCUCUGCAGCCCUGCUGCUGCUGCUGCUGCUUCCUGGGACCCUGACUGAGUCCCAUCCUCCAGUUUCUAUUAGUGUGGUGGUGGAGUCACCAAACACCAAACCAGUGACUUACACCACUCAUGUGGUUUUCAGAGGGAUCCUGCUGGGUGCACUGAAAAGACUCAUGAACUCCAAUGCAAACUUUAAGUUCACCUACACAGAAGAUCCAAACUAUGGUCCAUACCUGGAGAGUGUGAAUGGUGUGGCUGGAAGUGCUGAAGACCACACAUACUGGGAGCUCUUGGUGGAGACUCCAGAUGACAAAACCAUAAGACCUGAUGUUGGUACUGGGUGUUACAUUCCCAGCGCAAAUGACAAAAUCAUUCUGAGGUUUUCAAAGUACAACAACCAAUGUACAACAUGAGAUCAGAGCCAGCGCUGGACCUGUCUAGAUAACAGUGUACUUCAUAAAUGAAUAAGCAAAUAAUGUUGAUUGAUUCUAACUUCUGGAUAAAUUAUGCUUCCAUGUGCUGAUGUUACUGGUUCGCAAAGGAAAAAUCUCACAGGAGAAUAAACUUCAUUAUUGUCUCUUGAAUGUAAAAUGUUUCUUUGAUUUCCAUUCACCUCCACUGUCAGUGUCAAACAGAACGACAUGUUACCUGAAGACUUUAACACAAUCCCAGCCUGCCUGUGGUCCACAGAAAACAGGCUAAUGCAUGGCUGUAGAUUUGGAUACAGACAGUUCCAACAUGUCCCUACUAGUGUCAAAGUAUCACUGACAUGGACCUAAUGAUGUUUUACCUGAUCUCCAACGAUCUUUCCAUUUUAGUGUCACACUGUGUCUCACAUUGUAAGUUCUGUGCAGAGCUACAGACAACACAUUAGAAAACAGGGUUUGUGCAGUGCUACUUCUUCACCCUCCAUGUUAG